AAUAAUAAUAAUAAUAAUAAUAAUAAUAAUAAUAAUAAUAAUAAUAAUAAUAAUAAUAAUAAUAAUAAUAAUAAUAAUAAUAAUAAUAAUAAUAAUAAUAAUAAUAAUAAUAAUAAUAAUAAUAAUAAUAAUAAUAAUAAUAAUAAUAAUAAUAAUAAUAAUAAUAAUAAUAAUAAUAAUAAUAAUAAUAAUAAUAAUAAUAAUAAUAAUAAUAAUAAUAAUAAUAAUAAUAAUAAUAAUAAUAAUAAUAAUAAUAAUAAUAAUAAUAAUAAUAAUAAUAAUAAUAAUAAUAAUAAUAAUAAUAAUAAUAAUAAUAAUAAUAAUAAUAAUAAUAAUAAUAAUAAUAAUAAUAAUAAUAAUAAUAAUAAUAAUAAUAAUAAUAAUAAUAAUAAUAAUAAUAAUAAUAAUAAUAAUAAUAAUAAUAAUAAUAAUAAUAAUAAUAAUAAUAAUAAUAAUAAUAAUAAUAAUAAUAAUAAUAAUACUCGUAUGAAUAAUAAUAAUAAUAAUAAUAAUAAUAAUAAUAAUAAUAAUAAUAAUAAUAAUAAUAAUAAUAAUAAUAAUAAUAAUAAUAAUAAUAAUAAUAAU